AUGUACAACAAAGGUACUGGGAAUAACUCUGAACACAUUCAGGAAAGACCUAUGACUGGAAUUGGCAAUGUUGUAAAAGCUCAAAGUGUACCUCAGGAUGAUUUGAAUAUAUGCAUGGAUACUGGUAGCAAUGGAAAUAGUUUCGUGCAUGUUGUGCAUGUUCAGGAGCAUCAGAGGUCUGUUGAUGGUUUAAAUAUGUGCAGGGGUCCUGUUGACACUGGAAAUAGCUCCGUGCAUGUUGUGCAUCUUCAGGAGCAGCAGCCUGUCUAUUCUGUGCACUUAUCUGGAAAAACAUCUCAGGAAUCUAGUUCUUUGUGCAGUAAAGUUGGUUCUGAUAACAGCAUUGUACAUAUUAGCCAAAAUCAAUACAGAUCUGGGAAUUUGGCUAGUUACAAGGGUAAAGGACUUAUGCAAAGCAGGAGCUUAAAUAUUGGAAAUUCUUUUGCUCAGCUCACAAAUCUGGAAAUUGAUCCCUCUACUGUUGAUAGGGGGUGUGACAAAUAUAUGAAUUGGUCCUUUUGGAAUGUUAGAGGAUUGAACAAAUCCUCAAAACAGCACUUGGUAAAGCACCAUCUACAACAAUACCAUCUAUCUUUCCUAGCUCUACUUGAAACCAAAAUUAAGGCUGAAAAAAUCUCAAUUGUUGCUAAGAGGCUUUCUGUCAAUUGGAAAUGGGUCUCAAAUGCAAGCAGCACCAGUAAAGCAAGGAUUAUUCUACUAUGGGAUCCAAAUAUACUGGAAGUUCUUAUUGAAAGCCUAUCAGACCAACAGAUUACUUGCAAAGUCAAAUCAUUGGAUGGGAGAAUUGACUGUGUAAUUUCCUCCAUAUAUGGUCAAAACCAAGUGGAUAAAAGAAGGGAAUUAUGGUUGAACCUCACUCAUAUUUAUCAGACAGUUAGCCACUCACCAUGGUUACUGUGUGGGGAUUUCAAUGCAAUAAUUGGUAAUGAAGAAAAAUUAGGGGGGACUAUUCUUUCUGAGUUACUGUGUGGGGAUUUCAAUGCAAUAAUUGGUAAUGAAGAAAAAUUAGGGGGGACUAUUCUUUCUGAAGCUGAUACCAGUGAGUUCAGGGAAUUCAUUGAUUUUUGUCACCUCUCCCACCUUAAAACUGAAGGUUGCUUCUAUACUUGGAAUAAUAAACAAGAUGCUCAUUCUAGAAUCUGGAGUAGACUGGAUAGAGCUCUCAUUAAUGAUGCAUGGUUACAAAAAUAUAAUUCUAGUCAUGUGGAAUAUCUGCUGCAGAAUUUCUCAGACCACUCCCCUGGAUUAGUAUCAAUAUAUGAUGAUUGUGCUAAAGGAAAAAAACCCUUUAAAUUCUUUAAGAUGUGUGCCAAACACAAAAGUUUUCUGCCUACUGUAUCAAGAAUAUGGCAAACAAAAGUAAAGGGUUAUGCUAUGUACUCUGUGUAUACUAAAAUGAAGCUGCUGAAGAAUGAGCUGAAGGAGUUAAAUAAAAGGCAUUUUAGCAACAUCAGUGAACAGGGGAAAAAAUUAACUGAUGAGGAGAAGAUUAUAUCUGAAUUUAUAUCUUUCUAUAAGAAUCUUAUGGGAACAAACUCUGCAACUGCCAAUGUUGACAGGAAUAUAAUCAGUAAUGGCCCCUGUUUGAGUGAAGCACAAGCUAGAGCCCUAUCAAAUCCAGUUACCAGAGAGGAGAUCAAAGAAGCUGUUUUCUCUAUGUCUGAAAACAAAGCCCCAGGGCCUGAUGGUUAUAGUAUAUCCUUCUAUAAAUCAGCUUGGGGGGUUGUUGGAGAUGAAAUAUCAUUGGCAAUAGAGGACUUCUUCAAAACUGGGAAACUUUUGGGGGAGAUCAAUUCCACAGCUAUCACUUUGAUACCAAAAAUACAAUGUCCAAAAAGUCCAGUUGACUUUAGACCUAUUGCAUGCUGUAAUUGCUUAUACAAAUUCAUCUCUAAAAUAUUGGCAAACAGGAUCAAAUCAGUGAUGGGCUUUCUAGUUAAUGAAGCUCAGAAUGCUUUUGUCAAGGGGAGGCAGAUAUCAAGUAACAUUCUAUUAGCACAUGAACUUGCUAAGAAUUACAAUAGGAAGUACAUAUCACCCAGAGCCAUGCUUAAUAUUGAUAUCAAAAAGGCUUUUGAUACCAUUAACUGGGGGUUCCUCAAAGAGAUGCUUACUGGUCUGGGAUUUCCUGAUGCAUAUGUAGGAUGGAUUAUGGCUUGCAUUACUUCUCCUAAGUAUUCUAUAGCUUUUAAUGGUGCUUUGCAUGGUUAUUUCAAAGGAGAAAGAGGACUAAGACAAGGAGACCCUCUCUCUCCUUAUCUCUUUAUCCUAGGCAUGGAAUAUCUCUCAAGAAGAUUGGAAUUGUUGAAAGAGGACAGAAACUUUAAAUUUCAUCCAAAAUGCAAGAAAUUCCAAAUAACACAUUUGAUAUUUGUUGAUGAUCUUCUCCUAUUUUCUAAAGGUGAUCUAUAUUCAGUAAACAAGCUCUACCAAUGUUUCAGUGACUUCUGUGCAGUCUCAGGUCUAAAAGCAAACUCAACAAAGUGCUCAAUCUUUUAUGGAGGGGUUGAAGAUCCAGUUAAAGCUUCCAUCUUCAAUUGUUUGGGGGCUUGCAAGAAUCACAAGAAAUUGUCAUAUGCAGGAAGGUUACAGAUUAUUAAGAGCUCUAUCUUAGGAAUUCAAGUCUUCUGGACCUCAAAUUACAUCUUACCUGUUAGAGUUCUCAAAAAAAUUGAUGAAUUAUGCAGACAUUUUUUGUGGGGAAAAUAUGAUCAAUCAGCUAAAACAGUCCCUGCGGUCUCUUGGGAGAAAGUUUGCUUGGACAAGGAAAAAGGAGGAUUGGGGAUUUUCUCUGCCUCUAUAUGGAAUUUAGCCUCUGCAGUUAAGCUUCUUUGGCAUUUGCAUAUUAAUAAGGAAGGCUUAUGGAUUAAAUGGGUGAAUGGGACAUAUCUAAAAAACUGUAAUGUAUGGCAAGUUCAAGCAAAGAGGGGUGACUUAUGGAUGUGGAAACAAAUUUUGAGAGCUAGGGACAAGGCUGUGGAACUCAGUGGUAAUGUUGACAACCUGAAACAGAUGAUCAAGGCCAGUUCUAACAGCUCUAAAAUCAAAAUUGCUGAAAUAUAUAGUGCUCUCUCCCCUGCAUCAAAUUCAGUCCCAUGGCAUAACAUGGUCUGGGGAGGUUUAUCCUAUCCAAAGCACUCAUUUAUCUGUUGGUUAGCUGUUAAUAACAGAUUACAAACCCAAGAUAGACUAUUAAGGCAGGGAAUUGUGAAUGCAAACAAAUGUAAACUCUGCACUGGUCCAUGCUUAGAGAGCCGAGAUCAUCUAUUUUUUGAAUGCUCCUUCUCCAAAGAGGUAUGGAAUCAAAUCAUGGAUUGGCUUCUUUUCAAAUGGAGAUCAUGUUCUUGGAAUUCCAUCAUUAAUUGGUAUUGUACAAAUUUAAGGAAGAAAGGUAUAAAGCAGAAUAUCAAGAGAGCAGCUUUAUCAGCUACUAUAUAUCACAUAUGGUAUGAGCGAAAUAUGAGGAUGUUUCAGCAAUUGUUCAAGUCUGAGGAGAGCUUGGUUAAGAGAAUCAAAGUUGACAUUCUAACUAUAUGCAUUAACUCUCCAAACAUUGCUGGGAAUCUAACUGAUUGGAUCAGUCCUGUUUAA